GAUCACGGCUCCGACAUGGCCUUGGAUCCCCGGGUUUACCGCCAUCUCGGCUACGGCAACGGGCUCAGCUCCCCGGCUUCGGUCACGUCAUCUGCGAUGUCCGCUAUCACCGGCAUCACUAGCCCAUCCUCCCACGCGAUGACCGCUUCUGCGGCCAUGCUACGGUCAACCGCCUCGAGCCCUUCGCUGCGUGCUCGCGAAAGCGUUCCCGUCGCGGCGCGUCGAGUCGAUGGUCUCUCCAGCCCCUCACCCGGGGGGAACGUCCGCGUUGUUGUCCGAGUGCGGACCUUUCUGCCUAGAGAAAUCGAGCGAAGAGCCCAAUGUCUGAUCUCCAUGGACCCGCACACCCAGACAACCAAGCUACGGGCACCUCGAUCCAAUCCCGAUGACGAAGGGAAACCCAAGUCGCAGGCGCGCGGAAAGGUCCAGGAGGAUAAGUCGUUUGUGUUCGACAACUCGUUCUGGUCGCACAACACCAAAGAUAAACAUUACGCGACGCAGGAGGAUGUGUACAACUGUCUGGGAGAGGAGUUUCUGGACCACAACUUUGAGGGGUACCAUACCUGCAUCUUCGCGUACGGGCAAACGGGCUCCGGGAAGAGCUAUACCAUGAUGGGGACGUCAGAGCAGCCGGGCUUGAUCCCACGGACCUGCGAGGACCUGUUCCAACGGAUUGAAACCGCCGAAGCUCCGGAUAUCAGCUACAACGUCCGCGUCUCGUACUUUGAGGUCUACAACGAGCAUGUGCGUGACUUGCUGGUGCCGCGCACGGAGCCCCCACACUACCUCCGCAUCCGCGAAUCCCCGACGGAGGGACCGUAUGUCAAGGAUUUGACCGAGGUGACGGUGAAGGACUACGGGGAGAUUAUGCGGUACAUGCGGAAAGGCGAUAUGUCCCGGACAGUGGCCAGCACCAAGAUGAACGAUACCUCCUCGCGGUCGCAUGCGGUCUUCACGAUCACGCUGAAGCAGAUCCACCAUGACUUGUCGACUGACGAGACUACCGAGCGGACGGCGCGGAUCCGUCUGGUCGAUCUGGCGGGUUCGGAGCGAGCCAAGUCCACCGAGGCGACCGGCCAGCGUCUCCGGGAGGGAUCCAAUAUCAACAAAUCGCUGACGACGCUGGGACGGGUGAUUGCGGCCCUAGCUGACCCGCAGCAGGGCCGUCCAGCGAAGCGUAAGGGCAAGGACAUCGUCCCCUAUCGAGAUUCGAUCCUCACCUGGCUGUUGAAAGACAGUCUCGGCGGCAACUCCAAGACCGCCAUGAUUGCGUGCAUCUCACCCUCCGACUACGAAGAAACGCUGUCAACGCUGCGGUAUGCCGACCAGGCCAAGCGGAUUCGCACGCGUGCCCGAGUCAACCAGGACCACCUGUCUGCUGCGGAGCGCGACAAGCAGAUUGCUGAGAUGGCCGAAACCAUCCGCACGUUGCAGCUGAGUGUUAGCCAAGCGACCGCCAACCGGCGGGAGAGCGAGAUUCAGAACGAGCGGCUCGAGGAAUACCAGCAAAAGGUGGAGAAAAUGCAACGGUUGAUGGAGGAAACCAAGAUGGUCAGCGAGUGCAAGAUCCGCCAGCUGCAGACGGAGAACGAGGCCCUUCGCAACCAUCUCAAAUUGGCGUUGGAUAGUAUCCGGAACCCCAUCCCCCCGGUGAUUGUGCCGGAGCGGCGGAGCAGCCUGUACAGUGUGAAUCAAAACGAUGGCUCCCCGUCCGCGCGAAAGCGCUACAGUCGGGCUCUGUCUCCAGCCCCUACAUCCGGGGACGAGUCGGAGCCGAAUUCGAUACGGAAAGAAGAAAGCACCCCUGGGAGUGACGAGAACUCGACUCAUCUGGAAGCGCACCAGAUGCAGGCACACAUGGAAGACCUGUUGGAGGACCUGAGUGUGUUCAAACGCAAGUUGGCGACGGACCAUGAACGAUUCCAACCCCUUCAACCGGCGAAAAAGGAUCGAAAGAGCCGACGAGCCUUAGGCGCCAUCUGGGGCAACAAUCGAUAGUCGGAGAUGUUUGACUGCAGCGUGGGGUGGCUUUCUGGGAUUCGACGGCGUUAUGCGGAUUGGUGUUGGACUAAAUGGUGUGAUUCCGAAGACCUCCGGUUCUUAUAAUAGCUGGACUGAGAUGGUUAUCUUUGCUAUUGGCGUGCUGUGAUUCGUUUGCUGUUUGAACUCAUGUACUGAUGCCACGAUGGAACGAUUUGUAUGUAUGGUAGGAUCUUCGAGGAGAUGCCCGCCAGACCGCGCCACGAUGAAAUGUUUUGAUGCCCGAAUGAGUUGAAUGGAAUGACGGCAUAUAAGAGCCG